GACAUAAUGCAAUAAAACUCAUAUAAAAUUAUGAAAAUCAGGGUUACGAAUAUUUUUUCUUAAAGAUUCAUUUGGCGAGGGUGUAAAGAGGGAUUUGAAAAACAUCACUUCAAAAUGGGGGACAAUGAUAAUGCUCAAAACUUCACUAUUGGAGGUGGAUCUUCUGCUGAGGGACUUGUUAAUAACAUAAUUGAGAAUUUAAAUGAAGUUCAUUUGAAUGACAAUUCUGAACAAGGAGCACCACCAAGUAAUUUGGAGAAACUUACUGAGCCAACAGCUUCAAAAAGGACAAGCAGAAUGAUUUCAAAUGAACAUGGAUGUGCUUCAGCUGGAGUUGUCCAGAACAUUACUUCAAUUGAAAAAACAAAUGACAUUGUUGAAGAAAUAGAGAAUUCUAAAGAAGUCAAUUCAAAUGAUUAUGACAUCACAAAAGAAGAGAAGAAUUCAAAAAAAGUCAAAUUAAACGAAUAUGAAACCACUGAAGAAAAGAAGGCUAUGAUAGAUUCUCAAAAAGUUAUAGGGUGUGAUAUCUACAAAGAAUUUGAAGGAGUUAAAUCCCUUGGAACUGUUACUACUUACAUUACUUCCCUCAAAUUGUUUGAAAUUAUAUACAAAAAUGAUGGUCGCUUGGAGUAUUUGGAUUAUAAUGAAGUUUUGAGUCAUUUGGCAGAAAAGGAUAAGACAUAUAAGAUUCAACUAGUAAAACCGAAAAGAAAUAUGUUAGAGGUGAGAAGGGAAAUUGCAAGGGAAUUAGCUAAAGCAUUUGCUGCAUUUGAAGAGGAAGAGGAAAUCACUUCAAAAAGGAAGAUGGAAAAUAGUCCAAUAAUUGAGGGGAAAAACUCAAGCAAAAAAGAAAAAAUUUCAAGUGGUGCUUCUCCAAACAAAGUUGAACAAACCGAAGUAAUCCCGCAAUCAAAAGAGAAUGCUAAGAGCAAAAAGAAUGAAAAUUCAAAAAAUUCAAAAAAUUCAAAAUCUGCUUGCAAGCGUAUCAAAAAAGAAUCGGAAACAAAGCGCGGGCCAUGGCAUGCCAAGCGAGAAAAUGCGACUGAAGAAGAACCUUAUGAACCUUAUCAAUUUAGAGGACUCUAUAUCUGCAAAGAAUUUAAUGGAAUCAGGUCCCUUGGAAAUGUUAUUGGUUAUUGUCCUAAAAAGAACAAGCUCAUAAUUCAAUACAAAACUGAUGAUAGCAUAGAGUAUAUGACUCAAUUGGAAACUCUACGUAGCAUGGCAAAACGUGCAGAUGUUAUGCCAUCACCAAGUGCAAGUGGUUCAAAGAAGAAAACUGAUAAGAAAAAGAAUAAUGAUGAGAUUGAAAAAGCAUCAACUUCAGGAACCAAAAAAACAACUGCAUCUGGUGGUCCAAAAGUGUGAAGAGAAAUUUGCAGUAGAGGAGAGGAGAUGGUUAGCUUGGAGAAAAGUAGUUGAAUCUCAAUAACUAUUUCAUGAUGUUUGCAUAAAAACUAUUGUGUUUGUGUUGCUUUCGUUUAUUUUGGUACUUUUCUAAACUGAUUAUGCAUGUGUGGUAAGUUAAACUUGUUGUUUGUACAACUUCAAAUGCUUUAUAUGAUUGCGUUAAA